AUGCGGACGGACCAUGUAGAAGAGGCCCCAACUACGGUCGUAGUGCAAAGUCUGCCACGCCUGCCGGAGUUAAGGCUUCCUGAGUUCAGUGGUGGCUACGCUCAGUAUUCCUCGUUUUGGAGCAUGUUUUCCUCCAUAAUAGACAAGGAUACCGAUUUGUCAAAUGUGGAGAAGCUGCAGCACCUACGUUCCUGCCUGAAAGGACCAGCACUAGACACUAUUUCGUCUCUAGAGUUCACGCACGCCAGCUAUCCCAUCGCGCUAGACCUCCUUGAUAAGCGUUUUAAUAACAAACGUUUAAUUUUUCAGGCGCAUGUCACGGACAUUCUGGGUGUUCCGCGCGUAGAGGCUUCGUCUGUGUCGCAACUUCGGUCUUUGUCGGACACUGUGAAUGCUAAUCUUCGGGCUUUGCAGAGUAUGGGAACAACGAAGCAGAUUGCAGACUGUAUCUUGAUACAGAGCCUGCUGCAGAAGGUGGACAGCGCUACGCAAUCCAAGUGGGAGGAAACGUCAUCGCUGGACAGCAUACCCACAAGCCAACAAUUCACCGCUUUUCUGGAGCAAAGAUGUCAGAAGUUGGAGAAUCGGGAGCACGCUAUGGCAAUACCCUCGCCCACGGAACCCGUUGUCUCUACAUUCCCGCACCCUGAAGCGCAGCCACAGUCCUCAGCUGCCUCUCUGGUUGCACAGAACUCUUGCAGGGAUGUUGUGCUCUUAGCCACUGCAGUUGUUCUGCUGAGAGAUCGUGCUGGAUCGCUCGUACCGUGUCGGGCACUCUUGGAGUCCGGAUCACAAAUGCACCUUAUAACCUCCAGCCUCGCCCAACAACUUAGACUGAAAAGGACCAUGUCGUCGGCCGCAGUAUCGGGUCUUGGGGAUUCCAGUUUUGUAUCGGAGGGCUAUACUGUGGGACUCAACUUGCAGUCCCAAGCCUCUGACUACAGUACCAGUUUCGUCGCGUUGGUAGCUCCCACAAUCACCGAGCAGCAGCCCAGCUUUUCAGUUGACGUUUCUGGUUGGAAAAUUCCGCCGAAUUUACCAUUGGCAGAUCCGCAGUUCUUCAGGCCACAGCGUAUUGACCUGCUCAUUGGGGCUAGCCUAUUCUUCGAGCUGCUGUGCAUUGGCCAAAUCAAAUUGGAUGUUGGCUUGCCAUCGCUUCAGAAGACUCGCCUUGGAUGGGUGGUUUCAGGAGGUGGUCAGCAAACGCGUAGGACAGCUUUACUUGGGGCUCAGGCCUCAUCUGACGCCAGGCAGGAAUCUCUUGAUCAAGUGGAACUGUUACUGAGGCGUUUCUGGGAGGUAGAAAGUUCCACUGAAGAUUCGGUGAUGCUGCCCAUCAAGAAAAGUUUGGAGAUCUUGGGCGACUCAUACACGCAAGCAUAUCGGCGGUUCCUCAACUUGGAGCGGAAACUUGAGCGUCGUCCGCAGCUGAAGGCUCAGUACGCAUCUUUCAUUAGGGAGUACCAAGAGCUUAAUCAUAUGUCGUUGGUGGAAUCAGAACUGCUCAGUCGUUGUCGCUAUUUUCUACCGCAUCAUUGCGUGUUUAAGGAGGACAGCACGACCACCAAAUUGCGGGUCGUGUUCGAUGGAUCUGCCACAACAUCAACAGGUGUUUCGUUAAACGAGGUCCUAAUGGCGGGUCCUACUAUCCAGCCAAAGCUGCUACAUACGCUGCUUCGUUUUCGUACGUUCCUCAUUGCGCUGACUGGUGACAUUUGCAAGAUGUACAGGUGUGUCCGAGUAUCUGAGCCGGACAAUUACCUGCAGUGCAUCUUAUGGAGGGAUUCCCCUCACGAGGAUGUGAAGGCGUUCAAGCUCGACACCGUAACAUAUGGAACCAAACCGGCUUCCUAUCUUGCAAUUCGUUCCAUGCUCCAAUUGGCAGAAGAAGAGAGGACUGCAUUUCCCAUUGGCUCGGAAGUGUUGACCUCCAAUUUCUAUGUCGACGAUUUGAUGACUGGAGGAGGAUCUGUAGAGGAAGUGCGCGAAAAGAUGAGGCAGACAUCCCAGUUAUUGGCUCGGGGAAGGUUCCCAAUUCGGAAAUGGUGCUCCAACGUCCCUGGCGUACUUGAGGGAAUUCCUGAUAAGGAUUAG